ACAUGCCAAGGUUGUUUAAAAAAGGUGACAUAAUGAUCGGGGGAAUAUUUCCAGUUUUUAACAAAGAUGUCAGUAAAGUUCCUACGUUUGAGGGGGUACCUCCUGCCGUGAUAUGUGCCUUGUAUGACCUUCGAGCUUUUCGGUGGACCCAAGUGAUGAUAUUUGCAAUUGAAGAGAUAAACAAAGAUCUGGGUCUCCUUCCCAAUAUUACCCUGGGUUACACAAUUCUCAAUUCAUGUUCUUCUCCUACAAAUACAUUACGUGCUGCACUAACGCUAGCAAGUAGUAAAAAUGAAAAAGAAACAGCUUCUAGCUGUUCUCCUAUAUCUGCAAUCAUUGCAGAGGCAGGAUCCUCUCAGUCUUUGGCAGUUGCAGGGAUUCUUGGACCUUUUCAAGUUCCAGUAGUAAGACAUGAUGCCGUAAGUUAUUUUUCAACAUGUGCCUGUCUCAGUAACAGAGGUAAAUAUCCUACCUUCUUUCGAACCAUCCCCAGCGAUUUCUUUCAAGCAAAAGCUUUGGCAGCACUAGUGAAACAUUUUGGCUGGAAGUGGAUUGGAGCCAUUCAAUCUGAUAAUGAUUAUGGGCGGAAUGGGGUUUUGGCUUUUACAGAGGAGGUUAACAAGUUUGGGAUUUGUAUUGCUUUUGUUGGGACAGUUAUGCGAACCUUUCCUCAAGAGAAGAUUCUGAAAGUCAUUGACAUGAUCAAACAAUCAACUGUCAAAGUAAUUCUGGCUUUUACUCCAGAGGGUGAUUUCUCACCUUUAAUGAGAGAGGUUGUGAAGCACAACAUCACUGGAAUACAAUGGCUUGCUAGUGAAGCAUGGAUAACAGCACCCCAGCCUUCAACCCCUGAAAUGUACCAAGCUUUUGGUGGAGCUUUGGGUUUUGUUGUACAGAAGAUGGCUAUCCCAAAUCUACAUCCAUUUCUGACAGAUAUUAACCCUUACAGAAAUCCUAGUGCACCUUUUGUGAAGGAUUUUUGGGAGAUAAUGGUAGGUUGUCAGCCUGUUUCACAUGAAAUGGACAUUGGUACAGGGGAAAGAACUAAAAUAUGUACAGGCAAUGAGAAAUUGAAGGAUUACACCCAGGACGUGUUCUUCAAUGUCACACAGCUUAGAGUUUCUUAUAAUGUGUAUAAAGCUGUUCCUCAGUCGCUGUGCUCUAAUGAAUGCCCAGAAGGGAAAAGGAAAGCUCAAAUCAAAGGGAAACCAAAGUGCAAUGGAAUGCACAGCCUGUCCAAAAGAAUACUGGUCCAAUGA